AUGCAACCGGCGGAAGGCUCGGAGCUGGAUGGGAGGAUUCGCUGCACGGUGGCCGUGGAGCAUCUGGGGACGGCGGCGGUACCGAACCGGCUGCUCCUGCGGGAUGCCUGGGUUAACCUCGGGCGGAACGAGUUUCGCGAACUGGUCUUACAGGUGACGAAUGCCUCGGGUCCAGGCCGUCUCCAGAACUUCCCCCUGCGGCAGAACGAAAUGCGCCUGUUCACACGUUUUGUGAAGGACGGGAAGAGCUCGGUCCGGUUGGGUCCCUUAGACUCCAAUUACGUGCAGCUGCUGCUCUCUAAUUGCCCUCCGGAUCGCUUGCGUCGCUUCGUCCAGACUCUGCGCAUCAAAUUUGAAGCCACCCAGCACGGAGGGCGGCCGGUGCCCGAGCGGACAAGGCUCCUCUCUAGCUUGCCGCGCACAUUCGACACAGUAAGCCCGGUACAAGUCCGCGAUUUGCAACAUGCAAAGGCCAGAGAAGCCCUGGCUAACGUUACAGCCACCCCCACGAAAGGACAGAUUCUACGCUGCAGGUCUAGAAAGCGUCCUUUGGAAUCAGUGGAUGGGAGGCAGAUGACUGAAGAAAAGCAGGUGAAGAAGUCGUGGCUGAUGGGCUCCCGAGCAACACUUUCCCAGGAGCAAUCAACAGUGCUGAAUGCAGUGUUGAGUGGAAAGAAUGUCUUCUUCACAGGGAGUGCUGGAACUGGAAAAUCUUAUUUACUGAAAAAGAUUGUGGCCUCCUUUCCUCCAAAUGGCACGUAUGUCACAGCCAGCACAGGAGUGGCAGCAUGUCAGAUUGGGGGCAUCACCCUCCAUGCUUUUGCAGGUAUUGGGUCAGGAAAGGCCCCUCUUCAUCAGUGUCUUGAGCUGGCCAAGAGACCUGGGAUUCGGCAGCAAUGGCUGAAUUGCCGGUGUCUGAUCAUCGAUGAGAUCUCAAUGGUGGAAGGGGAAUUCUUUGAUAAACUGGAAGCGGUGGCUAGAGAUGUCAGGAAAUGUGAGAAUCCAUUUGGAGGAAUCCAGCUUAUUAUCUGUGGAGACUUCUUGCAACUGCCUCCCAUUACCAAGGACCACAGACAGCCCAAGUUCUGUUUCCAGGCAAAGAGCUGGAGAAAGUGCAUUCAUUUGAACAUGGAGUUGACAGAGGUUCGGAGACAGACUGACAAGGUGUUCAUUUCUCUUCUGAAUGCUGUCCGUCUUGGCAGAUGUACAGAGGAAGUCACCAGACUGCUGACUCAAACAGUAAUGCAAAAAGUGGAGAGAAAUGGAAUAUUGGCUACACGGUUAUGUACUCACAAGGAUGAUGUAGAGUUCACAAAUAUCAUGCAGCUGCAGCAAUUAGCUGGACAGCCAAGGUCUUUCAAGGCUGUUGACAGUGAUCCUAUGUUGGCAAAGACUCUUGAUGCACAAUGUCCUGUGAAGAGCAUAAUUGAACUCAAGGAAGGUGCCCAGGUGAUGCUUACAAAGAAUCUUGAUGUUUCUCAAGGUCUGGUGAAUGGGGCUCGUGGAGUUGUGAUUGGAUUUGAAACUGAAGGAAAAGGCCUGCCCAAAGUGAGAUUCCUUUGUGGUGUGACUAAUAUUAUUGGCUUGGAAAGAUGGGUUUUUAAAGGGCCAGCAGGCACAUACCUGAGUCGCCAUCAGCUGCCCCUGAAGCUUGCCUGGGCCAUUUCUAUUCAUAAGAGCCAGGGUAUGUCUUUAGACUGUGCCGAGGUUUCUCUAGCCCGCGUCUUUGAAAGUGGACAGGCUUAUGUAGCACUUUCUCGAGCUCGUAGUCUGGCAAGUCUUCGAGUUUUGGAUUUUGAAGCCAAGUUAGUCAGAGCUAAUCCAUGUGUACUGCAAUUUUACAAGGAGCUGAAGAGAGACCAAUUUUUAAAUCAGGCCUCUUUGCAUUCCUAUAUUCACGCUGAUAAGGAAAAUGAAAAAGUUAAAGGAACAUUUAUAGGUUGAGAAUCCUUGGUACCAUAUUAUUAAUUAAUUUACUUUUGGAACAGCUGCUUCUACAAAUUCAAUAUUUCUAUAAAGCAUUCAAGCAUUGUGAAGAAGAGAAGAAUUAUGAGAUAUUGUUCUCUUAUAAACAUGAACAGUCCAUCUGCCUAAAAUGAACACUGAAGUUUUAACCCAAAUCAUUCUGCUUCUGAGUUUGCACUGACAGAUCUUAAAUUCAAUUACGUGAAGCCACCUUGACUGAAUAGUCAAAUUUUGCUAGGCUAUUUACUUCUAA